AUGCUUUCCCAACUAGUCCUCCUUUUCGUAGCCAUAGCCCUGGCAACAGGGAAAGUUGUUCGCCGCGAUACCGCCGACGGGUUUCCUAACCCGAAUGCAACUCAGCUUGAAUUCAUCGAAGACGUAGCAGAUGGCACACUGUCAGAUGCACCGCCCCCGCCCUCCCUGAACGAAAGCAGCAUUCCUAUUUUCCAGCUGAUUAGCUUCAAUGAGAAUUUUGAAGUCGCCUUCUUUUCGUCCCUCAUUGAGAACAUCACCACGGACGAGCCCGGCUUCACACUUUCAACAGAGAAGAAAGUGGAGAUACUCGAAAUCCUGGCGACCGUCUUGGCUCAAGAACAACUGCACGCCAUAGAUGCCUCCAACGUUCUCAAGCACUUCAACGCCUCUCUGAUCCCCGAGCCCUGCGAGUACGUCUUCCCCGGUGCCACCGACAUCAACUCGUCCAUCGCUCUCGCCGCCACCUUCACCGAUGUCGUUCUCGGAACACUUCAGGAUGCGGCCGAGGGGCUAGCCGUCAACGGGGACUUGGGUCCUAUUCGUGAAGUCGCCUCCAUCAUCGGCCAAGAAGGGCAGCAGUCUGGCUUCUACCGUCUGCUUCUUAAUCAAAAGCCAUCGCAGAAACCCUUCUUGACCACCAACGUCGGCGCCUUUGCCUGGAGCGCGCUUCAACAAUUCGUCGUCUCUUGCCCCUUCAACAUCAGCGAGAUUGAAAUCCCAAUCUUCCCGCCUCUUGAGGUCGCCCAUGUGACAGGAGGCCAAACCAUUGAGUCCCGUGAUCAGCGCUUGUCUUUUGUUGCCAAUUUGACCGGCUCCUCCGAGGCAGAGCAGUUCAUCAAUGAGACUGGUCCGGAUCUGUUUGUUACCUACUUUAGCGGACAGCUGUUGCCCAUCAGUGUGCCUGUUGAAGAUGUCGAGUGGUUUGGCGAGAACAACACACAGCUGAGGUUUGAGGCUGAGUUUCCUUUUGAGGAGAAUAUACUUGUCGGGUUGACGAUUGCUGCUCUUACUUCAAAAGACAACUUUACGACAUAUGGCGAGGUGGUGGAGGCUACGAUUGCGGCACCUGGGCUGAUCGAGGUUACUGACGAGGGGUUGAGUUGGGAUCUUUUGAGCAAAGAGGAUUUGUAG